UAACAAGCCUGUACAUAUAGUUUUGCGCCGAUCGCGGCGAUCAAAGGUCCAUCGCAUUCUGCUCCAUAUGUUAUGAACUUUUACCUGAUAAUCGGUAUAAAGAAUACAUAAAGAUGACAUGUUCUACCGUUUUGCAGAUCUCGCGUCAACUUCACCAAGUAGCAGAGUGAGCAUGUCACUGUACCCUCGGCUAGCCCUGGUGACCGGAGGAGCCGGCGGCAUAGGCAAGGCCACAUGCCACGCCCUGGCCGCCCAAGGAGCCAGUGUCAUCGUCGCCGAUCUGAAACUAGACGCUGCUAAGCUAGUGGCAUCGGAGCUACCUGGCGCCGGAACCCACAGAGGAGUUUUGCUGGACGUCAGUGACACAAAUUCGGUGGACAGAUUGUUCGCCGACAUCAAGGACACCGAAUCUCUUCCUGUCAGCAUCGUAGUGAAUUGCGCUGGCAUAGCCAAGAGUUCGCCCCUUGUGGACACGACGGAUGAGAACUUCGUCAGGACCCUUCAGGUCAACCUGAAGGGCACGUUCCUCGUGACAAGAGCCGCCGCGCGGGCCAUGAUCGCUACCGGCGUCACCGAGGGAGUCAUCGUGAACAUCGCGAGCAUCGUGGGCAGGAUUGGAUGUUCUGGUAUGGCGGCGUACAGUGCUUCCAAGGGGGGCGUCGUGGCUUUGACCAAGACGGUGGCUCAAGAAAUGGCACCGCACGGCAUCCGCUGCAACGUAGUAUUGCCGUCGCUGACAAAGACGCCGAUGGCCGAUUCGCUGCCAGAGAAGACCCAGAAGACGUGCAUCGCGCUCACGCCUCUGCAAAGAGCGGCAGAGCCGGAGGAAGUGGCCGAGGCAAUCCUGUUCCUCUGCUCUCCGAACAGUUCCUUCGUGACAGGGGUCACUCUUGAAGUAACAGGUGGAUUGAUAAUGUGAAGGCAUUUUGGAUCCCUGUUCAUCAUGGCCUGUUC